AUGUCAAGAGGUAGAAGAUCAAGAUCACAGGCUCAGAUUGAGGAGCCUGCAGAAGUUGAAACAAGACCUAGAACAGUGAAAAAAUCAAAAAAUACUUUCUCAUGGGAAAAUUAUGUUGAUGAAGAAGUUUUAAUUCAAUUGAACAAAUUACCGGAACCAACAAAUUUAUUAACACAGUUGGAUUCCCAAGAUUGGUACGCUGAACUAAAAGUAACUUGGGAAUAUCAAUAUUUUCUAGGGUGGCUGUAUAAUGUUUGUGAUUCAUAUAUUACAAUUGUUAAUCAUACGACAAAUAAUUCCACACCAGGUCCAAAUGGAACUAAUAAGAGAAAUAUUUUAUGGAAGGAUGUAAAAUUUGAUGAAUUGACUUUUCUUCAGGAUUUUAUUAAUGAACUUGAAAAUAUAGCAUCUGACCCAUCAUUUAAUGAAUAUGGAAGUAAUGAUGAUUCAACCGAUUCAAAUGAGGCAAGUGAUAAUAUAUCAUUAUAUAGUCUUAUCAGGCUUAAAUUAUUAAGACAAAUUUCAAACAAUAAAUCAGCUGCAUUGGAAGAUUGGGAUCUCAUAAUGAAUCAUAAUUUGCAGAUAGAAGAUAAACAAGUUUAUUUUGACCAGUUAAGCGUUUUACAAAAAUUUAAAAUGUUCUAUCAAAUUAUAAAAGUCAUAGAAAGAAAAAAUCUUUCUUUUAAAAAUUAUAUAUUCACUAAUGUCGAUAUAUUAGAGCUUUUUGAAUUUAAUGAAAUUAUUAUAGAAGAAAACAAACAAUCAUUAUUGAUUUUACCUUCAAUUGGCGUAAUUGUUGAAAAAAAUUUAAAACCAACCGUAGAAAACCCAGAACUAAGAGUUCCAUUAAAAUUAAGGAAUUGUAUUAUGAAGUAUGAAGAUGAAGAUUCCUCUUCAGUAGAUAUCGUUAGCUUAGACUAUUCUGAAGAAAUUGAUGCUUAUCUACAAAAUUUCAAAUGGGAAUUUAAAGUUGUUACAAGUGAUUGGGGAUCCUUCAUCGAAUAUAUGGACAAAUUACAUUCCGAGAAUAACGAAGUCUUUGGGUUCGUCUCACCUUUCAUAAAUGCAUAUAUGGAUCACAUUGUUUAUACUCGCAAACAAUUUGCACAAAGAGAAAAAGCAAGAGCAAUGUCUGAAUUGUUAACAAGAAGGAAAAGAUCUACCAGAUUAGUGGCAAGAGAAGAAGAAACAAAGAAAAAAGAAAUUGAAAAUGAAUGGGAAACUAAACUGGACGACAGAGAAUUAUACUUAAAACAUAAACAUAGAAUUGUUGCAAAAUAUGCUAAAACAUUGAAAGACAUUAUAUGGAAUCAACUGUGGAUAAAUUUUAACAAAGAUUUCAAAAUAAGUAAAUUAAAGAAAAAGGAUAAUGAAAUGCAAGUAACAGAAGCUAUUACUGGUUCCCAAUAUGAAGGUUUGAAUUGUAACGAUGUUAGCGUAAUUGAACAUGGUGAAUCUUUUAAAAAUAAUGUAAUUAAUUUAUCAGAGGUUAUAGAUAAAGACAUACCGCUUGCAGAAUCUAGUAUUGUUAGGGAAAUACCUGCAGACCUUUUGAUAUCAGAAACAGAAAUUGAUACAAUAAUUAAUCAGGGUAUACAAGCAUCUGUCAGUAAGGCAGACGAUCCUUCAUGGCUUUUUCAAUGUCCUACUUGUCAAUUCGUGGAUGAAGAAGAUCCUGCAACAUUUAACAAAGUCAUCAAAAUAAUCAAAUCAGAUGAAGACAUUGUUUCCCUAUUAUAUAACAGACCAUUGAUUUGUUGUGAUCUCUGUUCUAGAUGGCAACAUUGGGAAUGUCAACGCUCUGAGUUUGUUGAAUUACUAUCUUGGGCUCACACGUCGAAAAAUAAAGAGCUUCAUAUAUUAACACAAAGGGAUCUUGGAGCUGUAACAUUAGAUAAACAGAACCUUGGUAGUAGGAGAUCUACAAGAAAACAGAAUACAGAUGAAACUAACCCAGCUUAUAUUAGGCCAACUGAUAUUAGAAAACCAUUUGAUGAUCGUUCAGUUUUUAUAUGUACUAUCUGUUCUUCAAAAUUAGAAGAUGAUUUACGAAAAAUAUUCAUACCAGAAUUAAAAGCAGUUAGAAACAAAGAAAGAAAACAACAAGAAAAUAAAGAAAAAAGGAGAAAAUUAAAAGAAGAACAAAAACGUUUGAAAUUGUUACAGGAAACUAAUAAUGUUGCUAAUAACACUGUUUCGCCUUCUACUGAAUCGCAAACUAUAAUCGACACGUAUACCAGUGCAACCGUGCCACAAACUCAGAUAAAUACAAUAUCAGCAAAUUCAACCAAUAUUUCAUUCGUACCAUCGACAGAAGUGAUACCAGAUUCUAAUCAAACUACUAUGUCAUUACAAGAAGAAAUUAAAAGUACUGAUAAUUAA